AUCCUGAGAUCGUGAUGAGCCCACAACUUAUACCAUGCGGCAGAGCAGGGGCGUCGUGACAUCUCUGGGGUGAACAUGAUACUUCAGAAACAACGCAAAAAAAAAUCGGGUUAUUCAAUUGGCACAAGUGCGAGCAUGAUGGCGAAUGGAUGCUUGGAAUGAAUCCAAGCAUCUAACUGGAUGGAUUCGAUCAUGUUUCGGUGGACACCAUACAUAUGCGAAAAAUCCCCACUGUCCCAAAAAAUCAAUUGGAUUAGCGCUAGCGGCUGUGGGUUGAUGACACUCAUCCACAAUCCACACUUGAUGUGUGGCUGUGUAACGCCAACCACAUACUUGAAUAACGCAGACUUGUGAAGGUCUUGUCUGUCCCACAUAGAAUAACUCUUCCAAGAGCUAGUACUCGUUCUUGCCUCUCUAUCCUGAACAUGUCUUCUCUUCUUUCGAAGUCGCUUGAAGCCCUGAAGGUAGGCCUCUUCUCCUAUGGUUGGUUUUUGUUCUGAUAGCUUUAAGAUCGCGACUCCGCAGCAAACCGAUGAUUCCAUGAGACGGCGACCCUUCAAGCUUGUCCGUCCACCAAGGCAACCUCAUGUUCAGUACUACGGCUAUGCCGUCUCGCCCGAGUGGCUUGUCCAGUUCACGGAGCAACAUUGGUCGGGCGCAUUGCCCGAGCGAAACGAUAUAGGCUAUGAGUACAUGGCCGCGACACGGGCAUUUGAACUGCUUCUGGAUUGGUCAGGCAUCUUCACUUUGGACAGCAAAGAUUGCUUCAAUCCCAAGGGCGGCUCUGUACCUCCAGAAUGGAUUGCUCUGUAUGAUGGUGAUGAAGAUGAUGAUGAAGCUGACGACGAAUACCCGAACAUUCAAAUUGACACCGUUCACGUGUUUGCUCUGUGCUCGGAUCAAGAUGAGUCCUUUGAGGCGCGCCCUACGCAGGAAAGGGUCGAUUUUAUGACGAAUUUGAUCGGGCAUACGCCGCAAUGGUGGGUGAGUGUUCUCGUUGCACAUAUGUAUCGGGCCUCUUCAUGGCACCUUACACUCGGACGGUGAUAGGACAGGAUAGGACGCCCAUGCUGAGCCAAACUUGCGCUCCUGACCUAUAGAAAAAUGAAGUUUCUGUGCAGCAGAGCGGGGGCGUCAUGACAUCUCCGGGGAGAGCUCGAUGCUGCGGAAACAACGCAAAAUUGUUCGGGUU